AUGAUUGCAAAAGGUAUUAUGCUAGGUCCAGAUCAACCCAUGAUUCUGCAUUUACUUGACAUAGAACCAGCAUCAAAGUCACUAGAAGCCGUGAAAAUGGAGCUUCAAGAUUCAGCCUUCCCUCUUCUCCAAGGCGUUAUCGCCACAACAAAUGCUGACGAAGCUUGUAAAGAUGUGAACAUCGCGAUACUGAUCGGCGGAUUCGCAAGAAAAGAAGGCAUGGAAAGAAAAGACGUGAUGUCGAAAAACGCAGUGAUAUACAAAGCUCAAGCUUCGGCUUUAGAGAGAUACGCAUCAGAUGACUGCAAGGUUCUUGUGGUCGCAAACCCUGCGAACACUAAUGCUCUGAUCUUAAAAGAGUUUGCACCGUCGAUCCCGGAAGAAAACAUCACUUGCUUGACACGUCUCGAUCAUAACCGAGCUCAAGCUCGGCUCGCGGAGAAGCUAAGCGUUCCCGUGAGCAGCGUGAAGAACGUGAUCGUAUGGGGAAACCAUUCUUCGACUCAGUAUCCAGACACCAAUCACGCAACGGUCUCUACCAAAACCGGAGAUAAACCGGUGAAAGAACUCGUCGCUGAUCAGGAAUGGCUGAAGAACGAGUUUAUUGAGGAAGUUCAGGAACGUGGUGCAGCGAUUAUAAGAGCAAGGAGACUGUCGAGUGCUUUAUCCGCUGCUAGUGCGGCUUGUGACCAUAUCCAUGAUUGGUUUAUUGGAACACCUAAAGGAAACUGGGUUUCUAUGGGUGUUUGCUCUGAUGGCUCUUACGGUAUACCACCCGGUUUGGUUUACUCGUUUCCGGUUAUCUGUGAGAAAGGAAGUUGGAAGAUUGUACAAGGACUCAGUAUAGACGGGUUUUCAAGGGAGAAAAUGGAUGACUCUGCGAGAGAGCUAGCUGAAGAGAAGGCUUUAGCUUAUUCCUGCCUCAAUGUAUGA